UAAUUAGAACAAAAACAACCGCAAGUUGACCAGGGGAGUUAGACCUUUUUGGGAAAUUCACCAGGUGAUAACAACUGGAAACUUCCGUCGGAUCAAUAUAGCCACCUGGCAACCGCCAGUGUCCCAGGCAGGCGCGUAUUCACUAGAUUCUUUGUUUUGCAGUUUUCUUUUAAAGCAGAUUUUCUUCAAAAGCAGUUCUCGAUUCUCCAUCCACCAAACCAACCCCACUCAUCUGCAAUAUCAUCAAGAUUUCGAAAUUCCUAGCUCAGACUUAUCCUUCUUUUUAGAGUCCUUACUCUCGUCAUGUCCAGCGUGUCGAAGAAAGAGCUGGAAGACGCGCUCCGUGCUGCGGUCGCGCGCCAGUCGCACAAAUAUCAGAACUAUCAUGCCUUCCACUUCCGAUUCGAGGAUGACGAUACACGAGCGGACAGAGAUGGGACAACCUUCGCGAAUCUGGCCAGGAUUCUCUGUUUCCCAACACCCCAGACAUACGUUAUCCCGAAAGCACAUACGACUCCCAGCUUCGAAGUCAUAAACAAGAUAUCAGCUAUAAUAAGCAAGGCCAGUACUGCUCCCGGCCGUAGUCUGGUGUUGAUCCACUACGCGGGUCAUGGUGGUGCAAGUGAUAGCAAUGAGUUGAUACUGAACAGCACCUCGGGGAAGAAGAUUGCGGCAUCUCGCUUGGUCUCGCUACUCGUGGAUGAGACUGUGUUACCGUUCGACGCCCCACUUGAUAUCAUUCUCAUCUUUGACUGCUGCUUUAGUUUUCUGGCCACCAGAAACCCUAGCCCCAAAAGCCGGAUUGUCGAGAUCCUGACUGCUGGUGAUGAUAGAGAUCCUAUUGCCUUCUCGGCGGGAACUCAGCUCUCCUUUACGUCCAAAGUGCUCGUUGAGGUUAGGAAGCGCGCCCAGAACGGCGAGAAAUUCAUCGAGGUCGCAGACCUGAUCGACACGCUCAGAAAGUCCUCUCCUGUGAAGACCCCCAGCUAUGCAGCAAAAGUUGGAAUGGGUUCUAUCACCCUCCCGCUGGCACAGAUUCCUAUUACCCCUUCGACCUCGUCCAUGAGGAGAAACCCUCCUGGCCUCCUUGCGACUUUUUCACUCCACGUGUCGAAGACAUUCUCUCGCGAUGAGCUGAAGGAGCUCGUGAAAUGGAUCGGAACCUUCCCCAAGAUCAAGGGUGCCAGCAUGAAGCUGGAAAAUGUGAAACAGACGUCGUCAAUGGUGUUCAUAUUCGAAGCGAGCCGUCUGUCAUAUCUACGCAUUUGCGGCCUUCCUGGGAUGAUUCUCAUCUGUGAGAACGAGCCUGCCGACUUCUCUUGGCUUUUUGCCCCGGAACCCGCCAUACAGAUGCCAACUCGCGGGGGUCCACUCUUCCCAAAGCCUCUGAAGGAAAACCAGCCGUUCGGAAAACAGCAGAAGUGACGAAACUUCUUGUCCGGGGAAGGGGGAGGGGAGGGGUCUAGGGUGUAACGAGAUACAAAUUGCUUAGGAUGGAGAAUUUCUGGCUU